GUCGUGGAGGGUCCUCAACGGCAUCAAUACCAACCCCAAGCGUAGCUUGUGGCGCGACAGCACCAGCUAAUCAGAGGGACAACUUCAACUCCCAUGGCUGCAACGGGUAUACUUCCUUAGUCUUGGAAGACUUUUUCGCUGAAACGCGAUCCCUUUGCGAUGAUUUGGACAGUGGAAGUUUGGUUAUCGGCGAAGCAUCUUCGGUGCCUCCAGCGCAUCGCGCGAAGUACUACUCCAUUGCGUCACCGGAUAAGGGCAUAGUGUUGCAAGAGAGC